AUGUCGAUGCCCGGAUGCAAUUUCAGCGAGCGAGAAAUGAUCUUCUUGUUUGAUCUGAAUGAGAACGCGAUGCUGGACGCGCUUCGAUACAGCAACAAAAGCAAGUUCAUCAAUCACGAAAGAGACACGCCGAAUUGCACAGCGAAGGCAGUGAGUGUUUGCGGUGUGCACCACAUCACGACAUGGGCAUUGCGCAACAUCGCGUGGAAUGUCACCCUGUCGAGUAUUCUCAUCAACAGCAACUACCGUUACAAUAUUUAG